AUGUCGAAGGAAGCUAUAAAUGCUCAGACAAUUAAAAUUGAACCACCUGAAUAUUCACCAGAAAACAUUAAACUCGAAAUAGAGGAUGAUUUUGAUGAUCCCGACGUUAUUGUUAAAUCUGAAUCGUUUUCCGAAGAUGAUGAUACGUGUUUAGAAAGAUUCAUGAACUCCGAGGUGACAAUUGAAGAAGAAGUGAAACAGGAGUUAGUUGAGACAACAAAUUAUGAAUGUGACCUUUGCAAUAGAUCAUUUGCAGAAUCAGAUCAUUUAAAAGAGCAUAUGGCCGAUCACAUUCCUAAUAAUAGCAAAGAAAGUCCUUUCAAAUGCGAAAUCUGUCAUAAGACUUUCAGUCUAUUAGGUAAUCUGAAAAGGCACAAGCUCACUCACAGUGGUGAGUGCGUCCAUGAAUGCAGUACGUGCAAAAAAAACAUUCAAAACAAUAAAUUAUCUGAAAAGGCACAUGCUCGUUCAUAUUGGAGUACUACGCCUCCAUGA